AUGUUGCAGGAUGUUUUUGAUCCGCCACUCCCAUCAAAUUCAAAUCCAGAUCCACAACAACAUCAACAACAACAGCAACUCUCCGUUGAUGAAAUUUCAAGCCCUCUUAGCGCGGCGCAAAUUUUCGAGCUAUGUAACCCUGAGUUAUUUCCAGAAACUUUGCAGAAUUCUGAGGUUACAUCAAGCUCAAAUUGUUGCUAUGAAGAGAAUUCUUCAUAUGCAACAAAUAUAUUAGAUGUAGAAACUAAGUUCAAUAAUAGCAAUAGCAAUAACACAGUAGUCGUCACAACUCCAACUAGAACCAACAACAUCAACAACAAUAAUAACAAUAACAAUAAUCUAUCUGUUAUCUUUGAUUCACAAGAAGAAAUCGACAAUGACAUAUCUGCCUCCAUAGAUUUCUCACUAUCGCCAUCUUUCAAUGUUCAUUCAUUCCUUCCAGUAACAUCAUCACAGCAAGUAGAACAAUUUGAUUUCAAUUCGCAUGUUCAACAGCUAACAGCAUGUUCGUCUGUCGAAGGCUUUUCACAGUAUCAUAAUCCAAAUGAUUCAGUUGCACCUCUUAUGGGAGCUCCAUUAUCAUUGCCACCUGUUUUUGAAGAGGAUUGCAUAACUUCUGUACCUUCUUAUGUUCCUUUGAAUCCUUCAUCUCCUUCUUGCAAUUAUCUUAGUCCUGCUGGAAUGGCCGGGUACAUGCCUAAUGGCCCUCUUACCACUGCUUUGUCUGCUGAUAGUUCUGCUUUGUUUGGUGGAAACAUUCUUCUUGGUCCUGAACUUCAGACACAAGAACUUGAUUAUCAAGGAGACAGUGGUAGAAUUUUUUGCGCUGAUCCUAUUCAGAGGGUGUUUAACCCUCCCGAUCUUCAGGCACUUAAUACGGAGAAUCAACAACUAGUAGCUGGUUCUGGAAGUUCUGCCAGUUUAACACCAGAAAUCUCAAACUUGGAAGACUCUACAUUCAAGGUUGGAAAGCUUUCUGUUGAAGAAAGGAAAGAAAAGAUUCACAGAUACAUGAAGAAAAGAAAUGAAAGAAACUUCAGCAAGAAGAUUAAGUAUGCAUGUCGCAAAACACUGGCUGAUAGCAGGCCUCGAGUUCGAGGAAGAUUCGCAAAGAAUGAUGAUUUUGGAGAGGCACAAAGAACUGCUAGUGGAAAUCAUGAAGAAGAAGAUGAAGAAGAGGUAGUUGUGAAAGAGGAAGAUGAUAUGGUUGAUUCUUCAGAUAUAUUUGCUCAUAUCAGUGGAGUGAACUCAUUCAAAUGCAACUAUUCUAUUCAAUCAUGGAUUUAA